AAUCGAAACGCUCCGUUCCCGCGUCCGUGCUUACCGUGGAGCCUUCAUAGAUCUCUUUGCUUUUCUUUUCUUUCCCUCUCUUCCUCUUUCCACUCCUGUGGUCUUCUCCCACACCGGUUGUUCCCCAGUGACACACCCAAUUAUCUCUCAACCUAUCGCUCUACCUUUCUGGUAGAAUAAUCAAUCGCCAUGUCGGGGAAAAUGACGUUGUAUAAAUUGGUGGUGCUAGGGGAUGGUGGUGUCGGAAAAACAGCCCUCACAAUUCAGCUUUGUCUAAACCAUUUCGUUGAGACCUACGAUCCGACCAUCGAAGACUCGUAUCGUAAACAAGUCGUGAUUGAUCAACAGUCGUGCAUGUUGGAAGUACUGGACACAGCAGGUCAAGAGGAAUAUACUGCGCUGAGAGACCAGUGGAUCCGUGACGGCGAAGGGUUCGUUCUCGUCUACAGCAUCACCUCGAGAGCUUCUUUCUCCCGCAUACAGAAAUUCUACAAUCAGAUCAAGAUGGUCAAGGAAUCGGCCAACUCCGGAUCGCCCUCGGGGGCCAGUUACUUGGGAUCCCCGAUUCACACGCCUUCAGGCCCCCCGCUUCCGGUGCCGGUCAUGUUGGUUGGCAACAAAAGCGACAAAGCCGUUGAGCGCGCGGUUUCAGCUCAGGAGGGGCAGGCGCUUGCCAAGGAUCUCGGUUGCGAAUUCGUCGAGGCCUCCGCGAAGAAUUGCAUCAAUGUGGAGAAGGCAUUUUACGACGUGGUCCGGAUGUUGCGACAGCAGCGCCAGCAACAGCAAGGACGGUCUCAGGAUAGACGAACGACCGGUUUGGGUGCCGGGCGUGAUCCUGGUCCCGAGUAUCCCAGAUCAUUUCGGCCCGACCGUACGGGAAGCCAUCGCCGCCCGUUCAAGUGCACAAUUCUGUGAAUAGGUGGCUUUGCACGGCCCGUUCAGCUGGCUGAUUUGAUUUCCUUCCCGGUUCCUAGAUGCUGGCCCCUGCUGCUCCUGCUGCCGCAAGAACUGCA